UUGAACUUUGGAGUCUGCUGUAAUCUGUAAUUCUGCUCAAGCCACAUAUAUCGUGAACCGCUCAGCACGCCGUUGCAGUAACAAAAAUUCGCAACUCCGCAAUUUCUAUUCGUUUAUAGUGGAGUAAUAAGCCACUGACGCUUCAACCCGACGGCUGCACCGAGAUCUGCAGAGCAUCGUCAACGCAUUUGGAGAGCGACCAUGGCAACUUUAUUGCGCUCACUACGUCACGUGCGGGCCUACAACCGGGCCGGCUCGACGCUCGCUAGGUUAACCCGAGUCGCCAAUCAUACAUCCCUCACUGGAAGCGAUGUCAAUGUUAGCAGAAUCGCCCAAUACCUCGCUUGCAAUACGUUUGACAACAGGAAUUAUGUAACCAAAGUAGCAACAGCACCAUCAACUCAAUCAACCAAUACUCAGUACCAAGUUGAUAGAUUGCUGAGGGAUGCUGAUUUUAGAAUCAAAAGAUAUGGUGCAUUACGUAAAUCUGAUUUUGAUGAAAUGAUGAGGGCUAUUACAGAAGCUGGUUCGCUGACUACUACCCAAGCUUUGCAUUUAAUCAGAUGUUGCGGAAACUUUUUAGAGGCUGAAAACUUGAAAGUUCGCAGAUCUAUUGCCCAAAAUAUAUGGGAAAUCAUCAAAGAUUAUAAAAUCGCAUUGGAUAUUUCUCAUUAUAAUGCAUUACUUCUAGUCAAUCUUGAAAACGAACAAGAUUUUUCUCCUGCUGAUUUCUUAGUAGAAUUGAAAAAUCAAGGGAUUGAGCCAAAUCGAGUGACUUUCCAAAGACUUAUAGAAUAUUAUUGCAAUAAAGGAGAUAUUGCUGGUGCUACUAAAAUUUUAGAGCACAUGAGUCAAGAGGGCACACCCAUAAAUGAAAACAUCUUCAAUUCUCUUGUCAAAGGACAUACUAUUGCAGGUGAUGUUCCCAAUGCUCUAAAAGUAGUGAACAUCAUGACCCAAGCUGGAAUUGAGCCUUCUUCAAGGACAUACUCAGCAGUAUUGUGUGCUCAUGCGACAGUAGGAGAUGUUGAGGCAAUUCAAGCAACUUUGAAAGAAUGUCAUCAAAAAGAUAUCUUAUUUUCUGAUAAAGAUAUUUUAGAUGUUAUUUAUACACUUGCAGUUAGUGGACAUUCUCAAUUUAUAGAUGAGUUGAAAAAUCUUUUUAUAAAAGGAGCUAAUUUCAAUAAAGAUAUCAAAACUUAUGCCAACAAAUUAGUUGAAAAUAAUCAGUUGGAAAUAGCUUAUGGUUUGCUUAAAAACAUGUCAAAAUUAGAUGAUCAAAUGAAUGACAGAGAUGGAAUAUUCUUUAUUAGAAAGCUAAUCAAUUGUGACAUUGAUCCAAAAACUGUUGCACAUUAUUGCAAGUUGAUGAAAAUUGAAAAUUACAAUCCAAAUGCAUUUGAAAAAGCUUUGUUACAAUCAUUGAAAUCAAAUAAGUAUCAAUAUGCUUUUCCACUAAUGAAAGCUAUGAAAGAAAAUGAUGUACCUGUUAGAGAGCAUUAUUUCUAUCCAUUAAUGGUUUCGUAUGGUCAUGCUAAUAACUUGAAAGGCAUAUUGACUACAAUAAAAUCAAUGACAAAUGACUUUGAUGUGACACCAUCAGUUCUAACCAUUAAAGACUAUGUUUUACCUUACAUGAUGGGAGAUUCUGUGACAAAUGCCAAGAUGUUAAUGGAUAAUAAUGUUCCAUUUGGUAUUAUUGCUAAUGCUAUAGUAAACCACCUUAUAUCGUCUAUGAAACUAGUGGAUGCUCUUAAAUUCACAACGAGUUCAAAUCUUACAUACAGGUCCAGAUUACUCAAAAGAUCUUUAGUCAAUGCAAUGCAGAAUACAACAGAUGUAGCCACAAUAAGUGAAAUUAUUCAUCUUCAAUAUGCACGAUUGUACUACUCUGAAAAUGACAGUAGCAACGAGGAAGGAGCUGAAGAUCUUUUGACGGCUAAACAGUUUGCAGGCAGCUUUCUAUAUACAGUGAUUAAAACGCUACCACCGCAUGGAACUAAAAUUAUUGACGAACUCAUCAAAAAGUUUUUAGAGAAAGGAAUAAGUAUUGAACAAGAAUCCUGUGAUAAUAUAAAAUUGAUGAUGGGAUCCAAAUUGAAACCAGAAGUAAGCGAUAUGUUAGACAAGCUAAUUUCAGAAGAUUUAAAACCAGCACAAGUUGAUAAAUUUGCUGGUGAAUUCAGAGGAAGCUCUCAAAUGUACCAAAAUCAAAACAUUGAAAAGUUGGAGCAAAAGGCUGAAUCAUCUUUGGAGUUUAAACUUUUACUCGUCCAAGAAUAUGCAAAAAUGCGUAACAUAGAGGCGGUAAAUAAACUUUUGAAGGAAUUAGAACAACAAAAUCCAACUUACACAAAUGGUUUUUGUGCAUCUUUAAUUGAUUACUUUUCCAAAAUUGACGAUGUCGACAACGCGGAUGAAUGGUUCAGACGAUUCAAAGCUCUUAAUCCAGAAGCUAAAUUAGACAGAACAAAGCUUAUAAAUUAUGCAGAAGCACUUAUUCAAAAAGGACGCCCAGAGGAUGCUAUUAAGAUUCUCGAUGAACCUGUAAACGAUCCUGAAGUUGAUCGAAGUCUCAAAUCAGAAAAAUUACUCGGUAACGUACUCAAAUGUUGUCCUCAGCUCACAAAAACGGUGUUUGACAAACUGGUGGAAAAUGGUUUUAUAAAAAAGCCGAGCAUAGUGCAUCUUCAAGCAAUUGUUAAAUCGCACUUGGAACACGGUGACAUGGAUGGUGCACUUGAAAAAUUCAAAUGGGCUUGUGAUACAUAUCAAAUGACUCCUCUUCGUAACGUUAUUAUGAUGGCAUUAAUCGAAAAAGAAGACGCCCAACGUCUGCAACAAAUAGUUGAUUAUUGCACCAAAAUUUACGGUGAAGUAAACUCGCUAUUGGAUUUAUCUGUAGCAUUCUUUGAAAGUAAUAAGCCUCGGCAAGCUAGAAAAAUAUUAGAGACCCCAGGACUACGUCUGCGUCGUGAAAAAAUUAUGAACAUAGUAGACCGAUUUGCCAUCCGCAAUGAAGUUGAGAAACUUGAAAAUUUUAUUCAAUUGCUUUGGGGUAUUUACUUAGAUAUUGAUCCUAUUUACUGUAAAUUACUCCAAACUUAUGAAAAAAAAGGCGAUUGGCAAAGAGGUUUGGCGUUGUGGACCCAAAUGCAGGAAGACAAUGUACAACCGUCACCCGAAUUUCUCAAAACUUUAGAUCAAUUACUGAGAUCUCACGAUCAAAAUCCUCCAUUCAAUAUUGUCUCACCACAUGAUGAAAAUGUUGAUGACAAAGCAAAAAAAUUUACUCAGCAUCUUAUUGAACGAGAUUUUGAAAAUGCUAAAUCUAUUUUGUCAACAAUGAAUCGAGAGGCUAAAGUAAGGUACACAUUACAUUUAGUUGAAGCAUUAGCAGCUGAGGAUCAUAUGAAUGAAGCAUUAAAUUACUUACACAAGUUAUUAUCUGGAGUGAGUGAAAUUAAUUCAACUUUUCACACUACAGUAUCACAUGUCUUAACAAAAUUAGCAGAAGCUAAUGAUUUUUCAAACAUUGCACAAACGGUCCGGUUGUUUAAUCAAGCUGUGAAGAAGAAUCCCAAUAAUAGGACUUUCAGUUUUAGUCAACUUAUUGGUAAAUUUUAUUUAGAUAAUAGAAAGUACGCAGACUUCGUCAAAAAUUUGGAUAGCUUACUUGAUUCAAAUGUACCAACAACACUAAUUAAUUCACUAAUACAUAUAUCUACGGCUUGUGAUGCAUUAAAAGAUCAGCCUGAGAUAGAAGAAGAAUAUAAAAAAUUUGCUUAUAAAGCUGUGAAAAAAAAUGUAUAUGCGCCAAUAAAUGCUUUGUGGAUUCACAAAUUUACAAUUGAACAUCCUGAAGCAGAACAGAUUUGGAAUGAAACAUUACAAAAUUCAACAAGAUUUUCUACUCUGAGUGCUGCUAUUACAUUAAAGAAAAAUGAUGCCUUUGACAAGUAUCCUGCUUUAGCUGAAAAAAUAGUGCAAUCAAACAUGCUCUCUGUAACUGACAGGCGAAAAUCUUUUGCUAUGAUGUUCAAGUUUUUAUUAGAUUCUGAUGCCUCUAAUAAGUAUGAAAUUGCUUAUGAAUUAGUUCGUCAAGCAUUGAAAAUUAUUCCUUAUCAUAGAUUAAAUCAAAACGUUCUCCAAACAAUUGAAGAAAACUUGCAGCAAGGUCUAUCAUUACAGUCUUUGAGGGAAGAUAUGCAUAAACUGCAAGAGAAAGCUGCAUAAAGAACUAAAAAAGAUUUUGUCAAGAACAUAUUAUAAACCUUUUUUUUGGUAUCAGAAAAUUUAGAACUAAUUUUGUACAAUUUUCAUGUAUUAUUAUGAUAAUAUAUGAUACACAUGUUCUUAGAUAAUGUUGAAAGUGAAACAGUUGUUUCUACUCCUCAUUUUAUUGCAAUAACUGUAAUAACACCUUACAGUUUUUUCAAUUACAAUUCUACUUGGAACAAGAGAGGAAUGUAAUUCAUAAAUUGAUGUAUGUAUAAAUUUUAAUAUAUGAAUCGAUCAAGUUUUAUACUGCAGGAGUGGUUAUCCUUAAUUUAAUGAUUUGUUAAUUUGGAAUUAUCCUUACAUCUUAUGUGAACUUCUGUUUUUUACAUCAAAGGAAUGUAUAAAUCUAUAAUUUACAAUCUAGUUGAAGUUUGACCAUAUAUUCUGAUUGAUCAUUUGUUUGACAAAAAUUUUGUAGAAUAUUAUGUAAUAUAGAAAUGAAUAAUAAUAAAUUGUUAAUUGAAAA